UAUACUAUGAUACUCAUCAACUCACAGGUCACACCCCAACCAAACUCAACCAUUUUCCCGCGGAAUAAUAUUGUAGUACUAUAAAAGUGUUUGCUUCCCGCCACGAACGUAGAUGAUGGUACGCUGCACCGCUGCACUUUUCCUCCUUGCACUGUCCAUCCUGUCAGUCGCCGAUGGCCGGCAUGAUUUCCUCAAACUCCCUUCUGAAGGUCGCCGAUUAUUCGGGUCAUCGCCCGUUGGAGCAUAUGAUGAUUCUGCGGGUACCAAAUGGGCUGUCCUGGUGGCAGGGUCCAAUGGUUACGAGAAUUACAGGCACCAGGCUGAUGUAUGCCAUGCAUAUCAAAUCUUGAAAAGAGGUGGUCUGAAGGAUGAAAAUAUUAUUGUUUUUAUGUAUGAUGACAUUGCCAACAAUGUGGAGAACCCUAGACCUGGUGUCAUCAUUAACAGCCCUCAUGGUGAGGAUGUAUACAAGGGAGUUCCAAAGGAUUAUGUUGGUGAGGAUGUUACUGCACACAACUUUUUUGCUGUACUCCUUGGGAACAAAACUGCACUGAAAGGAGGUAGCGGAAAGGUUGUCGAUAGUGGUCCGAAUGAUCAUAUCUUCAUAUAUUAUGCAGAUCAUGGAGCAGCUGGAUUACUUGGGAUGCCCACUAGUCGUGAAAUAUAUGCCGAUGAACUGAUCAAUGUCUUGAAAAAGAAACAUGCUUCUGGAACAUAUAAGAGCUUGGUGUUUUACGUUGAAGCUUGUGAGUCUGGAAGUAUGUUUGAAGGUCUUCUUCCUGAAGGCUUGAAUAUAUAUGCAACAACUGCAUCAAAUUCGGAGGAGAGUAGCUAUGCAAUCUACUGCCCGGGAUACGACCCUAGUCCUCCCCCUGCAUAUGAUACCUGCUUGGGUGACACAUAUAGUGUUUCCUGGAUGGAGGAUAGUGACAGUCACAAUCUUCAGACCGAAACUUUGAAGCAGCAGUACCAAUUGGUCAAGAAUCGAACAGCAAGUCAAGAUCCUGAUUUGAGCUCCCAUGUUAUGCAAUAUGGUGAUUUGAAGCUAAGCGCGGAGACUCUUUCCGUGUAUAUGGGUACUCAUCCUAAUAAGGAUAAUCAUACUAUUGUGUAUGACAAUUCUCCGAGACCAUCUUCAGGGGUCAUUAACCAGCGCGAUGCUGAUGUUUUACAUUUCUGGCAUAAGUUCCGUGGCGCUCCUCAAGGGUCUGCCAAGAAAUUUGAAGCCCAAAAGCAGCUUGCUGUAGCUAUGGCACAACGAACACAUGUUGAUAGCAGUAUUCAACUCAUUGGGAAACUUAUUUUCGGAACUGACAAGGGUCCUCAAGUGUUGAAUUCAGUUCGACCUGCUGGGCAGGCUCUUGUUGACGACUGGGAUUGCCUUAAAUCAAUGGUUAGAACAUUUGAGACUCAUUGCGGAUCACUAUCCCAAUAUGGAAUGAGACACAUGCGGUCUAUUGCCAACAUCUGUAAUGCUGGUGUGAAGAAAGAGCAGAUGGGCGAGGCUUCAGCCCAAGCCUGCGCUACUUCCCUUCCAUUUCUCGGAGCUCUCUCCACAGCCGGGAGUUGAAUUCUCUUCUAUAUGUUUGGCAUCUCAAUAUAUAGAAUAAAACUACAAAAAUAAUGUUCCAACAGCGUGUCGGUAUUGUAUGUAUUGUGGGCAUCGAUCCCUUGGAACAGAAUAAAACUUUUUGUUGCGCGGAUUCUGAGAGGAAAUUCUGUUGAUUAUUGAGUGAAAUGUUUAUGGGCAUAUGUAAAAUGAAGUCCAUAAAUGGAGGAGCAGUGUCAAUGCUCCUGCCCCUUUAGUUGGAAAUGCACUUUGAAUGGAUUGCAAUUUGCCUGCACACAAA